UUCUACGCGGUCACACCGGAUCGAGUGCCGUACCCGUUAUCCGUAUAAUGUACAGUGCCUCCGCCCACUAAUCAAGAGACCAGUCGAGAGAGAACAAAAUCCUGAAAAGCAAAAAAGAAGAUGAGCGGAAAUUCGGAAUCUCAAGGGGUUGCCAAACCAGAUGAAUGUGACUAUGCCUUGGUCCAAGAAAUGGGCGAAGGAUUCCGGAGGGGAACAUCAAGAAUCUCUGCCCUUGGAACAUCUUUCACCAUGGUGUACGGAGAGUGGACGGCCGCUGGGAGCACGGAUGAGAGCCCGGUGGUCCUUUGCGUCCAUGGCACACCUGCAACAGAGGGCGCUUUUCGUCCACUAGGCAGCAGAAUCGCAGCUGAGGGUUACAGGGUAUUGGUGGUUAAUUUUCCAGGGAUGGGGUACACUGAAAUUGACAGUGAGAGAUGUUAUGAUUUCUCAGUUGCACACAAAGCUGAGCUUGUCAAGGCAUUCAUCUUUAAACUGGAACUUAAUAGGAUAACAAUGCUCAUGGGUCAUUCAGUAGGAGGCCAGGUCAUAGGUCAUCUAGCGGCUGAUAGAGAUCUAGAAAAUAUCGUCCAAUCAGUAUGUUUUGUAUGCAGCACUGGGGUACAGCCAUACGGUUCUCAAAGGUACACCAUGGUGCCCUACUUGCCAUACCUCCUCUACAGAGCGAUAUACUUACCUGUUCUUGGUCCUGUUCUAAGGUACCUGGCCUCGAGGAUAGUCCAUAGUUUGGGGUUCAGGGCCAAGAGCCCCGAGGCAGCAGUCCUAAGCAUCUAUGAAGGCCACCAGAUAAAAUUUGAUGUGUUUGCCAAAGACUUAGCAAGGCUAGGAGAGAGGCAGAUACCGGUACUUUUUGUCUAUGGUUUGCGGGACCGGAUAGUAGAGCCAGAAUGUAUUCCAGAGAUCAUCACGUUACUAGACAUCCCUCAAGACUGUGUGAAGGAGUACAGUGAUGAAGACCAACCUGAUAUAACAUUCCAUGACGAUUCUUUGAGACGAGUUGUUCGCUUCAAGACGGGAACGCAUCGGCUUCAUUUCAAGAAACCUGAGCAGGUCCUGAGUGAGAUUUCAUUGUUUCUUGAAGCUCUGAGGAGAAAAUCCAGAUGAAACUGAUAUCAAGUAAAACCAUUCGAACCAGCAAUAUGUGCCAGUUGUCUUCUUCCUAGUCAGUUGCAGUACAGGGAGUGUUUCACAAAGACUAAGAUCGACUUUAAGUUGGAUUUAACUAUGGUAGGCCUUUCAUGCUAUAGUUCCUCUAACCAUUCCUUGCAUUGGUUUCUCAAGGGACGUACAAAUCGUGGUCACGAAUCUAUAGAAUUUACCUCUCUUGAUACCGGUAGUUCAUUAUUGAAGGAAAAAUUAUUAUCUAAAGAUUGUAAUUGAGAGACCAAUGGUGAGAGCAACCAGUGGCAUGAAUGGCCUGCCAUAGUUAAGUCUAACUAAAAGUUGAUCUUAGUCUUUGCGAAACACCCCCCAGGCCACCACCAGGUGUAGUGUCGUACUGUUGAGGUGCAAUGCAGAUGUGUGUACAAACAAUGUCUGAUAUAAGGUACAGUUGACCGAGUGCGAGUAAAAACAACUAUCGUUUUAGCGGAGCUGGGUCUUUGCUUUACUCAGUUGCUUUGGAAACCCGUCCUAGAGCGUUUGUCACAGGGUAAAAUUCACAAAUCACAGAAAUGAAAUUUCUUGUUUUGAAAUCUGAGAGCGAUUCAUCAUUUAAACCUUUUGAUAUUGUGCAUUUAACCCAUUGCCUGUGUGUACCCAGGGACCCGUU